GAGGAGGAGGAGGAGGAAGAGGACGAGGACGAGGACGAGGAGGACGACGACAACUUUGAUUUUUAACAUGUCAUUAGAGGUGAGACAUUAUCACUGCAGAUUCUCGCUCUCUGACUUUUAUAUUAUGGAUAUUUUUCGACGGGCACGCCAUAGACGAUACCAUUCAAGCAUUGGCCAGAUUGAUUCACCAUCUGAUAGGAUGGUACCUACGCCCUCCCCUCAGGCAAGACCUUCUCAUGGGCAGUCGCCAGCAGAACCUUCUCAUGGCCAGUCGCCGGCAGGACCCUCACGUGGACCGUCCCCGGUAGGACCUUCAUGUGGCCAGUCACCGGCAGGACCUUCAUGUGGCCAGUCACCGGCAGGACCUUCACAUGGCCAGUCACCGGCAGGACCUUCAUGUGGCCAGUCACCGGCAGGACCUUCACAUGGCCAUUCACCUUCCCCACUUGAGUCGACGAUACCUGCCAGACACUCAGCCGUUGAUAUUGCCGACGCUCGACUGCAUAUAGUCCCUCUUGGAGACUCGGUUGGUAGGUGAAGAUGAUGGUGGUAUUGAUGUAGAAGAAGGAUUUGGACUGAGAAGGAUCUCCAUAAGAUUAUCUUCAACUCUAUCUUUUUCAUGUUCUUGUAUGAUAUUGGAAUUUGGAUACUAUGACAUGUUUGUUAUAACUUUAUUGUAGUGUUUGG